AUGCCAGAAGCCAAGGGCUCCCGCCAGGACCUCACGCGAUGGAAGAAGAAGCAGCCGGUGCGCCGCACGGUCAGCCAGAUCUGCCCGCCCCCACGACGGCCCCUGACAGUGGCCGACAUCCGGCCGGGCAUGGAGAACGAGAGGCUGGGGGUCGUGCGCGAUUCCAUGUUUCAGAACCCGCUCAUCGUCAAGGCUUCUGGACCCACCUCGGUAGAGGAGACCUCUUCUGCUUAUUACUUCUUGGCGGUCCAGAAACUUCCUCCUUCCAUUGGACGCCACAUCAAAGGAGGCUCAAAGGCUGAACUCGGGAAGCCCCGGGAGCGAAGCUGCAGCCUUCCUGGAAUUAACUUCAAUUACGGACUCUACAUCCGGGGGCUGGAUGGCGGGGUCCCCGAAGCCAUCGGACGCUGGAACGUGUUUCAGCCGCAGCCCACCCGCUCCCAAGAACUGAUGCAGAAUUACAUCGCUAUGAACCGCGGGGCGGUGAAAGCCGGCCUGGUAACUGCCCGGGAGAACCUUCUCUACCGUCAGCUCAACAACAUCCGCAUCAGAGACAAGGAGGACCGGCGCCUCAAGAAGGAGCCGCCCCCUCUCCCUCCGAAUAUGACGUUUGGGAUCCGGGCACGGCCUUCCACGCCCCUCUUUGACCUGCUGCAGCACCGGUACGGGCAGCUAUGGGUGCAGGAACAGAAGGCCACCCAGAAAGCCAUCAAACUGGAGAAAAAGCACAAGAUGGUCCUCGGGAAGCUCUACGAGACCCGCAGCAGCCAGCUGAGGAAGUACAGGCCGCCUGUGACACCGGAUGCCCUCUGGCACUUGCCUCACUUCCAGAAGGUGGGCCCCCACCUGGACACCUUCCCCACCGAGGCUGAUCGCCAGAACGCUUUUAAAGCCCACCAGGAAGAGCGCGCCGUGCGCCAGGGGACCCUGCGGAUGGGCAACUACACCCGCCCCUGA